CGCGUCCCGCGAGAGUAGGAGUGAGCUGGCCAGAGCUGGCUGCUCAGUCAGUUCGAUACCGAGCGCCGAAGCGUUCGGAAUCCGCUCCGAUAUCGGUGUGCGUCCUCUUCAUCCUCGUCCUUAACUUUGUCGUCGUCGUCGUCGUCGACGCGCGCUACUCUGGAACAUGUCUCGUCCCCGCGUGGCGCGACGACGGGCCCUGCGGGAUUGCUAGUGGGGGAUGAUGGAGCAUGACCGCAAUGUUGGGGGUGACACGCGGAAGAACGCCGCAGGACAUGUGCGUUCCGUCGAGCUGAAGAAAUCGCGGUGAGCUCCGCUCCGCUCGACCGGGAAGGCUGCACACGCGGAACAAGACUCGGUGAUCACGAGCAACUAAAAGCCACCGUCAAUUACUCCGCAACGAGGAAUCCCUUCUCACGGGACAUAUCGAGUCGCACAGUGCUCUUGAAACAUGUGCGCUUGUCAAAGGCUUCGCGCUGUCGUUGCUGAAUGAGAGCCUUUGAAUUCGCGGGCCCGCGGCGACCAAAAGGACCAGAGAGGGUUCCCCUCUACGAUGCGAGGGUAGAAGGGCACAGCGAUGAGACGCGACUUAAAUAUCAUCGUUAGCGUUCAUCCCAUCGCGACAGUCCGGUUGAUGCUCACGCGACCUUUUCGCCUGCCAACGAGCGUUGCGCGACGUGCGUUAUAAUCGGCUCGGAUGCGGCAGCAGCAGCAGCAGCAGCAGCAGCAGCAGCAGCAGCGUCCCGUCAACAAUUUCGUCCGGCACAGGUGCAGCAGCGCGCGCUAAUUCGUCUGGCGAAUUCCCAAUCAGUCCCGUGCUCUCGGAUCCUACGGGAUGCCGCAGGCACUGUCGCAGGCGCGGAAUUGCCGGGCUGGAUGUUGCGUCGCGCGAUCAGUGCAAUUGGAGAACGCGGGGAUGAGGCGACGGCCGGCACCGGACGGACCUCCGAAUUGGGACGAGUAAGCAACGUCGGCUGUGUGCGUGCGUGGCUGCGACCGAGCCCAGGGAGCCGGCGUUUCCCCGAAACGACGGCGCUCACCCCUCCGAGAACAGCCUGAAAAAUAGCGACCUCGAUCGGCGUCCUGGACGCGAUCGAUGUGUCCCCGCGGACGGACGCUUCCGGGACGGACGCGGAUUUAUGCAUAUGUAUAUCUACGUAGCGUUCUGCCGUGCGAACGGCCAGAGUCAAGGUCGAAUCGACUAUCCUGGAUCGCGACGGAGCGAUAUUCUGAAUCAUGGAGAGACGCGCUCGGAAAUAGCGCGCUCGAUACCGUCUCCGCGGCAGUCUCGGCCGUAUCGCGUGUGUUAUUGUCCUUGAUUGGCAGCAACUAAGAUUCGAGCUUCUCUCUAUCCCUCUCUAUCUUUCUCUCUGGCUGUCCCUGCCUCUCUAUUAGCCGCACCGUUUGAAACUUGAAGCGAAUAUAUCGCGUGGCUGACGCGGACGGUGUGUUAGAGCGACGGAAAGACCGUCGGGAUCGCGGGACGCGGUUCACGACUGAUGGAGGUGAACAAUCGUGAGACUUGACAAUCGAUCGCCGGAGAGCCGAACGCGGAUGACUUGUGGACGCCGAGCGCUUCGCCGAGGAUAGCAGCGUCGGGGACGCGACCGAAUUUACGAGCGCUAUAAACCGCACAAUCGUGAGAGACCGCGGGAUUUCUCAAAAGCUUGACGAAUUGUGCCGAGAAUGUCUUGAAAGGCCAAUGUUCCUGAAGACAAUUGCUCUAAUUUGACAUCUUGGACGAAGAAUCCAGAUUUUCCACGCAAGCGGAGCACACAUCUUGCAAUCACCGCGCCAUGCUCGACCGGAGUGGCGGCUGUUGCACGACGCUGUGCGAUCGGGACAAGUUGAACCAUGAAUCUCGAACUAACUGACAGUUCCUCGAAGAUAUCGAACAGCACGACAAGCACACUCGAAAUCGUGACUAACGAAUCGCAAGAUCGUCGCAUUGGGCGCGACUGUUGCCGGUUAUAAAUCAGGCCAAUGUUUCGGUAUCUCCCCUCUGGAUCUCUUGUCGAGGUGCUAGACUCUCGCAUGCUAACGCGAUUUUAAAUUGACGGAGAAAAAGCCAGGAUGACGGGCUGUUUUUCCUACGGCGACGCGGCGAAAUGCGGAAGCGCGAAAGCAGGUCGUGCGAUACGUUCCAUUUUGAGAGGAGCCGUUCUCACCAGUCGCCGCGAAGAAGAACAUUUUAUUGAGGAAAAGGCCCGCGACGUGUAAACGCCAUCAUGUAGAAGCAGAGAAAUUCACGGAGAUGUCGACCCGAAGACACGAGAAUCCCGACGUCGUCGUCAUCGUCGUUGUCGUCAGCGUAUAGGUGCUUCGCAGAUAGUGACGAAAGUGGACGGGGCGGACAGACAGGACAAGGUGUCGUCUCGCCGUUUCCCGCCGUGGUGGCAGUGACGUGAUCGGCAGGGUCCAAGGGCCCAUGGCCGGGAAUUGUUUUCGUCAGUUCUGGUGGUGGAUCCCGAUCGCGAUCCUAUCCCGGUGUAUUCUUCCCUCCUCGGCCGACAGCGGUCGUAUUUCGUGCACGUCCACCUAUCCUUCGGAGAUAGCCCGCGAGCAACCGCAGUCCGACUCGGACGUGAUAGUCUUCCUGGGCGAGAAAUGCGACUGGGAGAUCAACGUCACCGAGAUACAGGAUCAUUUGGAGCGCACGCCGGACGCCGGCGAGCUCUCGAUCAGCGUGAUGCCGAGAUCCCUGACGUGUGAGACGGAGACCGGCGGCCUGGGUGCGCUAAUCCACGCCUUGGGUGAGAGCAAGACGAAGGCGGUGAUAGCCGCGCUCGACAGCUCGAUCUGCGAGGUGGCGGCCAAGCUGGCGCAUCUUGGGAAUAAGCCGUUGCUUACUUGGACCUGCCCGCUGAGAGACUUGAAGGAGAGGGAUCUCUCAUCGGUCAUUAGGCUUUCUCCGUCAUUACCAUCGGUGGCUAAUGCCGUGGCGGAAAUAUUCCUGCACUUGCAGUGGAAAACCGCAGCCAUUAUUGGUACCGAUCGCGAGCCGUGGUCCAGCCUGGACCGCGCCGUGAUCAACGCAUUCCGAAGGAUCGGCGUCGUCCUGCGAUACCACUUGAUUCUACCCCAUCGCGCCACUCUCGAGCAAAUCCGCAGGAUCCUGAGGUCCGUGCACAGCGUCUCGCGUCGAGCCACGGUGCUCUGUUUGCCGCUGUUUGACGAGACGACGAAUCGCGUUCUGAUCGAGCUGGACGUCGCCUCGCAAACGCACGUCCAGAACUCCGUUAUCCUGAUGAUCCACACGGAGGAUAUCGACCUGUUUCUACCAAAGGAUGACUCGCCGACCUCGCCUACCACCGAUCCAUCGACCUUGGCACACUUCGCGAUUACUCAGUCUUCCAAUUUUUCUACGUCGAACAUAACUCGCGCUAGCCCGUCCGCGAUUUCAAGUGGCGACGAUGGGAUACGGAGGUUACAGCAAACUCCGCGGAGGUUCUCCCCGCCGAGAAACCUCAGCAGUGCCACGACGGAGAACCUAGUCGCGGUCGCACCACUCGAUCAAAGGUACGACGUGCAGAAGGUCUUCAACGGCACGCAGAACUACGCGACGGUGGCGUUGCUCGACAGGCUGAACGAGUCCUUGGCCGUGCUGACGCGCGACAACAGCAGCAUCGACAGCCACAACAAUAAGAUGUACACAUACGCCCUGAUGGACUGGCGUGACGCCGGCUGGGAGCCGAUCCUCGCGGUGGUCGAGCGACAUCAGCAGUUGCUGGUCCAGCAGCUGACGCCGAGCGCGGUGGCGUUUCUCAACGUCGAGAGUCCCGAUCUGCUGUCCUGCGACGACGAUGCCGAUUGCGCGGCAGGUGGCUUGGCCGACAUGUCUUUCCGCACCACACAUAUCGUAGCUAUUAUUCUGGGGUCGCUGCUGUUCACCUUUGUCGCCAUCGCUAUCGCGAUUAUAGUCCGGAAGCGCCUGCUCAAGAAGAGGAUGUCCAAAGGGCCGUACAAAAUCAUCCUAACGACGUCGGACUUUGUUUUCCCUCAAGUGCCUCCAGUAGAUUCGAGAACGGUAGACGAGGGCAUCGAGGCGAUGCUGUGCUGCUGGCUGCAGCAGCUGCAGGAGUUCGGCGGCCCGGAAGUCGAGAAGCCGGAUCUGCUCCAGCUAGGAAGCGUGAACUCCCUCAGGCCGUACUUGCAGACCAGCAGCGGGAAUUUGCCGCGACACACUUUCUUCAAGGAUCCACGCGCUAGGUACAACGGUGACUUGGUGCAACUGAAGGAGCUGCCCGUUCAAGGUACGUUCGAACUGAAGAACAAGGCCAUGGACGUGCUGGUCACGAUCCAGGGGCUGCGACACGAGAACCUCAAUCCUUUGAUUGGAUGCCUUAACGAACCUACGAGACCCUGCCUAGUGUCGGAAUAUUGUUCGAGGGGUUCUCUGGAGGACGUGCUUGUCCAGGACGAGAUCAAACUCGAUUGGUCCUUCAGAUUAUCCUUGCUCACCGAUCUCGUGCGGGGCAUGAGAUACAUGCACGGGACCCCGAUACGAGUUCAUGGCUAUCUCACUUCGCGCAACUGCGUGAUCGACGCAAGGUGGGUCCUGAAAGUCACCGAUUACGGCUUGCCUGCAUUUUAUGAAGCACAGAACAUUCUACCACCGAUUAAAACAGCUCGAGACUUGUUAUGGACCGCGCCGGAACUGCUUAGGCAUCCGAAUCUGCAGAAAAAAGGGACCCAACCGGCAGAUGUUUAUAGCUUCGGAAUAAUUAUGCAAGAAGUCGUUGUCCGCGGAGAGCCGUUCUGUAUGCUCGCUCUAUCUCCGGAAGAUAUAAUCGAGAAAGUGAUGAAGCCACCGCCGCUAAUCAGACCGUCGGUCAGCAAAGGUGCUGCACCGCCAGAAGCCAUAAACAUCAUGCGCCAGUGUUGGGCAGAAACUGCGGAGAUGAGGCCUGACUUUGACGAUGUACAUGAUCUCUUCAAGAAGCUGAAUCACGGAAGGAAAGUAAACUUCGUGGAUACGAUGUUCCAAAUGCUCGAGAAGUACUCAAACAACCUGGAGGAACUCAUUCGCGAACGUACCGAACAGCUCGACAUGGAGAAGAAAAAGACUGAGCAAUUAUUGAAUAGAAUGUUACCUAGCUCGGUCGCUGAAAAACUGAAGCUCGGCAUGCCCGUCGACCCCGAGGAGUUUCGCGAGGUCACGAUUUACUUCUCGGACAUUGUCGGCUUCACGACAAUAUCCGCAUGCUCGACGCCCUUUCAGGUGGUCGAUCUCCUCAACGAUCUGUACACUUGUUUCGACGACACAAUUAACGCGUACACGGUCUACAAGGUGGAAACUAUCGGUGACGCUUACAUGGUCGUGGGCGGAUGUCCUGUGAGAAUACCCGAUCACGCAUCUCAAGUGGCAACCAUGGCGCUUGACCUGCUGCAUCAGAGCGGAAAAUUCAAGUUAAAACAUCUUCCGGACACGCCGCUCCGGCUACGCAUCGGUCUUCAUACGGGCCCGUGCUGUGCCGGCGUGGUUGGGCUAACAAUGCCACGUUAUUGCCUCUUCGGUGACACGGUGAACACCGCCUCGAGGAUGGAGUCGACCGGUGCGCCGUGGCGUAUCCAUCUGAGCCAGGCAACGAGGGAUCGAUUGACGCAAGUCGGAGGAUACCACAUUGAAUACCGCGGGCCCACCGAUGUUAAGGGUAAAGGCAAGAUGCCGACCUACUGGCUGCUCGGCAAGCAAGGCUUUGACAAGGAGCUACCCAGGCCGCCGCCUCUCGGGGAGAACCACGGGCGCGACGAGAGCUUGAUCCUGGAGAGCCAGAGUGGAUUGUCGAGUGAUUCGGCAGGCUCCCAGCUAGCAGUGAUCCCGUCGCAAGAUGAGACGCACGAAGAACCCGUUGGACUAGAGGAGGCCACGGUUAACAGGGAUGACUCGAUCAGCAGCGGGCUAGCUAACAGCGACAGUCGACCCGGCUCCUUCGAGGAAGCUUCCAACAUCAGGAAAGUUGCCGUUUCCGUGCACGAUGAGCGCACGCUGCUGCCCAGUUACUCCUUGAAGUCCACUAAUGACUUUAUCGAGACACUCUCGGGGAGGCAAGACACGCUUAGCAGAGCAUGUGAGCCUCACAGCAGCGUGACCAAAAGCACAUCCGGCGAUACCCAGGCCUCGCUCGGGGUGUCGUCCUCGGUAUCCGGCGGCGAGCCGACGACGGCGACGAUCCUCGGCGCGUCCACCAGUUCACUCACGUCGAUCGCCAGCUCGGCGACCUAUCGACAGCCACCGAGACUUCGACGACUCGCCGGUUGCCUCGACGAGAAAGACCUCAGCACACCGUACAAUUACUACAGGUGUCUGUCGCCCAAUGAACACCACGGGAAAGGUUCCGGAUGUCGAAUACUUAAGAGGCAAUUCAGCUUGGACCGUCCAGAUGAUCCGACGUCCACAAUCCCGGAGCAAUCCAGUACAGUCAGUCAGAGAUCCACUCCUCGUCUCUACAAGCAAAACAGCGCGGGCGCAGCGAAUGACUUGGAGAGAAUCGAGGAAGUGCCGGCUACUCCUGGACCUCUUCUGCAGAACUAUCGUCACGCGGCUUCGGUUUCUCUUUCCGUUGAGUCGUUGUCGUUACGUUGAGUCUCCACGAGAGAAACCUCGAAUCUUACGAGAGCACAAAAUCGAACAUAGUACCUAUGUGUGCGAGAGCAUCGCGUUUAAAGCACAAACGAUUCACGCAGGAGAGCCUAUAUAGAUGUGGAAGGUCGCGUCGUGAAACACGUUGUAACGAAAAAGACAGAACCAAAGUUAAUCAAAGUUAAUCGGUGUUAGUGAAACUGAUCCAUGAAUUUACAAGUACUAGAGAAGAAAGAAAGUCGGCUCGGUAAGCCGUUUGCAAUAUCUCAUCCUCGUUAAAGUCUUAAGCCUGAUCUACAAUAUGCUCUUUUAUUCCCGUUUUUUGUUCUAUGUCUUUUUCUGGCUUAAGGGGAUGCUGAAGCUGAAAAUUUUACCGACAAAACACUGACAUUUUUCUGCAAAGUUUACAUCGUAUUGGUUACACAGAAUUACAAAUGUUUUUGCAAUUAAAGUACAUACA